GCGCUCCCCCGCGGGCGGGCGGCAAACCCUGAGCCCGGCACCUGCGCGCCGCUCCCGCCGCGGCGCCGGGGCAGCUCCGCUCCCGGCGACCCCGAGGUCCAGCGGCGAGCCACUUGCUGGUGCCGCGGAGAGACCCACGGCCCCCGGCCCUUCGCCGAGAAGCGGAGGCGCCCGGAAAGGGCCGCGCGCCGUGAACUGAGCAGGCGUCUCCGGGAGCACUUCUGCACACCGAGGGCUUCCAUGUGAGCGAUUUCGCUCUCCCCCUGACCGCCCCGUCCUCCCAGCCGUCCCGCUGCCGGAGCAUCCGCGCUGCGGGGCCAGGAGCCUCUGGGCUCCCCGCCGGCCGUCCGGAGUGUGAGGCUCGCACGGCCCCCGGCUGCCCCGCGCCUCGCCGGAGCCCGAGGGGGCGCGGGUCCGGGGCGAGGGCCGGCCGGGCGUGUUUGAUGGCUUCACUGAGAAGAGUCAAAGUGCUGCUGGUGUUGAACUUGAUCGCGGUGGCCGGCUUCGUGCUCUUCCUGGCCAAGUGCCGGCCCAUCUCGGUGCGCAGCGGGGACGCCUUCCACGAGAUUCGGCCGCGCGCCGAGGCGGCCAACCUUAGCGCGCACAGCGCCAGCCCCAUCCAGGAUGCGGUCCUGAAGCGCCUCUCGCUGCUCGAGGACAUCGUCUAUCGGCAACUGAAUGGCUUAUCCAAAUCCCUUGGGCUCAUUGAAGGUUAUGGUGGGCGAGGCAAAGGGGGCCUUCCUGCUACCCUUUCCCCGGCUGAAGAAGAGAAAGCCAAGGGACCCCACGAGAAGUAUGGCUACAAUUCCUACCUCAGUGAAAAAAUUUCACUGGAUCGUUCCAUUCCGGAUUAUCGUCCCACCAAGUGCAAGGAGCUGAAGUACGCCAAGGAGCUGCCCCAGAUCUCCAUCAUAUUUAUCUUUGUGAACGAGGCCCUGUCGGUGAUCCUGCGGUCAGUCCACAGCGCUGUCAACCACACGCCAACACACCUGCUCAAGGAGAUCAUCCUGGUGGACGACAACAGUGAUGAAGAGGAGCUGAAGGCCCCCUUGGAGGAGUAUGUCCACAAACGCUACCCUGGGCUGGUGAAGGUGGUGCGCAAUCAAAAAAGAGAGGGCCUGAUCCGAGCUCGCAUCGAGGGCUGGAAGGUGGCCACGGGCCAGGUCACUGGCUUCUUUGAUGCCCACGUGGAAUUCACCGCUGGCUGGGCCGAGCCGGUUCUGUCCCGAAUCCAGGAGAACCGGAAGCGAGUGAUCCUUCCGUCCAUCGACAACAUCAAACAGGACACCUUUGAGGUGCAGCGGUAUGAGAACUCGGCCCACGGCUACAGCUGGGAGCUGUGGUGCAUGUACAUCAGCCCCCCGAAAGACUGGUGGGACGCCGGAGACCCCUCUCUCCCCAUCAGGACGCCAGCCAUGAUUGGCUGCUCCUUCGUGGUCAACAGGAAGUUCUUCGGUGAAAUCGGUCUUCUUGACCCUGGGAUGGACGUGUAUGGGGGAGAAAAUAUCGAACUUGGAAUCAAGGUGUGGCUCUGCGGGGGCAGCAUGGAGGUCCUGCCUUGCUCACGAGUGGCCCACAUCGAGCGGAAGAAGAAGCCUUACAACAGCAACAUUGGUUUCUACACCAAGAGGAAUGCCCUCCGGGUUGCGGAGGUCUGGAUGGAUGAUUACAAGUCUCACGUGUACAUAGCGUGGAACCUGCCACUAGAGAAUCCGGGAAUUGAUAUAGGUGAUGUCUCCGAAAGAAGAGCCUUGAGGAAAAGUUUAAAGUGUAAGAAUUUCCAAUGGUACCUGGACCACGUGUACCCAGAAAUGAGAAGAUACAAUAACACCAUUGCAUACGGGGAGCUUCGAAACAACAAGGCGAAAGACGUCUGCUUGGACCAGGGGCCACUGGAGAACCACACAGCAAUAUUGUACCCGUGCCAUGGCUGGGGGCCCCAGCUUGCCCGCUACACCAAGGAGGGCUUCCUGCACCUGGGCGCCCUGGGGACCACCACACUCCUCCCCGACACCCGCUGCCUGGUGGACAACUCCAAGAGUCGGCUGCCCCAGCUCCUCGACUGUGACAAAGUCAAGAGCAGCCUGUACAAGCGCUGGAACUUCAUCCAGAAUGGAGCCAUCAUGAAUAAGGGCACAGGGCGAUGCCUAGAGGUGGAGAACCGGGGCCUGGCUGGCAUCGAUCUCAUCCUCCGCAGCUGCACGGGACAGAGGUGGACAAUUAAGAACUCGAUCAAGUAGCGGGGUUGGGGGGGAGCAGGGGCCCCUAGAGCCUGGGCCCCGGCCCGGGGUCUGCCCAUCUUCUGGACCAGCCACACUGGUAGAGAGACAGCAGGAAGCCAGCAGGUGCUCGGUGGGCCUCCUGGGGCUUCUCCAGAGCAACACAGGGGCCCCGGAUGGAGACUUGGUGUCCCCCCUUUGGCGCUCAGCAGCCAUGAAGCCUAUGCUCCCUGGAAAAGCCCCGCACCCCUCCUCUGGAAACCCAGGAGCCGUGUCUUCUGCCACCUGGACGCGGACCGCGUACCAUGGAGUGAACCCCCAUGUCCUCUGCGUCCUCUCCCCAGCCACUCGCAAGACUGGGACUCGCAGGGGCCCCUCUUUCUCAUCUCUUGCAGCAGCAGCUUUUGAAUGCCACCCCCAGGCCUCAACAGAGUGGGGGGUGGUGCUCAGCCGCAUCCUGUCUCCCUCUUCUUGGAAGAGGCCCUUGAGACUCUGUGUCCCUCGACAUUGCUUCUGCCCAGAUGCCCAUUUACAAGGCAGCCUCCACCCCCAACCUUUCCAUCAGAUGGACAGCCCUGGACUUUUCUGGACCCUCCCUAAGAUGGCCUGGAAGGAAUUAAUGCUUCCGUGGUCACCCCGUGGGGCUCUAGGCUCCGGUGUUCCUGGGCCA